AUUUAGUUCACAUCUCAGUUUAAAUUUUAAAAUUUGCGGUUAUUGAUUCGCAUUUCAGCUUUCUUUCUGCUUUACUGCAGUGCAUUCGUUGAAGCUGUAGCAUUUGUCUUUACGUUGUAAACGAAGCAGUUCAGUGUAAUGGAAGAGGGUAAUUUAAACGUGGAACAGCAGUCGAGAUUGCCAAAUGAAGCUGAAAUCGAGAGCUCGGUUGGAGGACAAGAAAUGAACCCCAGCCCAGAAUCAAACGAACCAACAUCCACAGUAGAAGACACAGAUGAAAACGUUGUUUCUUCAACCUCAAAAGAAGACCAAACCGACGGGGAAAAAUUGGAAACGGACGAGCAUUCGUUGGAAGAAAAAUCCGCUUCGCCUAGCCCAGGUCUGAACGCCCAAGUUUAUGUCGUCUCAAAACAAAUUAUUUAUUUAUUACUAUAAAUGCUGAAUUUUCCAUACAGGUGUCUAAAUGUUUUGGGGAUAAAUGAGGCGCAGAAAGAAAUAUAUUUUGACAGCCAAAUAUUGAAAAUUUUAUCACUGUCAUAUCAGGUUUCCCUGCGGUGUCGAUAUGUCCAAAUUUUAUGCUUCAUUGUACAAAAAUCUGUACAUUUUUGAGCGCGUUGUUUUCAAAAUUAGGAACAGCUUAAAGUUUAUUUAUAUAUUUAUAAAGCUAUUAUAACAGUGGACCCUUUAAAUCAGUUUUCUUAUAAAAAAAUAUUAGUCGUUAAUACAGUAUUAAAAGUUCUGUUUGUUUAUAAAUGGGUUAUGCAAUUUUGGACAAGAAUUUACUUGGUAAAUUCUGUCAAACUAUCUGAAGAUAUAUGUUUAAUGUUUUGCAAUGUGGCAUGCAUAUUCAUGUUGGAAAUAAAUUAUUAUAUACAAAGUGUCAAAGUUCAUGUUUUCAUGCACGAAAGUGUAUCAUGUGAAAGCCAUGAAAAUUUGGCUGUCUCUGCUCUGAGCGGUGGACAUUACUUUUAUUUACUGGACACUAGUGAAUAUAAAUAAAACUGUCAAGUAAUAAAACUGCUUUGUAAAGCUUGAAAGUUUCCCAUUUCUGUUUGGUUUUUUGUUGUCUUUGACACUUGUGUAGAACAUACUGUUUCCGAAAGUCUCAAUCAAUAUGUGUCCCCAAAAAUGUUGCAUAAUGCAGAACAGGCUACGGCUUGUGUUUGACGAAACAAGAACACUGGAUUGGUAUUCUAUCAUCACUGUAAACACCACAUACUUAUGCAUACACUUAUUUUAGGCACGCUAACCAGCCGUCUUGCAGUGUGGAUGAUAAAUCAUGAAAUUGAUCAACGAGGUAACACUGUCUGCAGCAAUACUGGGUGCUUUAAAAUACCACUCAGCUUGUACAUUAGACUUUUGCAAGUCAUGUCACAACACAAAUUUUUAACUCUGCCAUUUUGGGUGGCAAAUUAAAAAUAGUUAAUUAAAAGCCAACAUGACAUCAAAGCAAGACAACAUGGCACUGACUGAGGCUGUUUCUUUUGUUUGAGAACUUUGAAAAGUUCUAAGGGGCGGACCAUUAGAAAAGUGAUGGGGGGGGGGGGACUUUUUCAACUUGUACAAUUUUUUUUUUAAUUUUUUGCUUGUGUCGAUAACUUUUUUAAAUAUAAUCCCUUGCACAAAUUUUUUUUUAUUUGAACUAAUAAUUUUCCUUAUUGAAAAGUCUCUGCACGAAUUUUUUUUUCAAACUUUUUUGGUGCACAAAUAUUUUUUCUUUCCGUUUCCCUGCUCGAUUUUUAUUUUUGCUUUUUCCCCACCCAUCACUUUUCUAAUGGUCUGCCCCUAAUGGUCCACAGCUGUCUGUGUAGUAGUUGGUUGAAUGAAUAUUUUGCCACCCAAAAUGGACGAUUAUUUUUGAUGAUACGUCAUACUGCAAGACCAGAACAUCAUGGUUUUAUCAAAUGUGAAAUAUCAGUGAUCUGAAAAAUUACUUAUUCUCAAUUUCUGUUCAGUGAUUGACUUGAUCUACUGGCGAGACAUCAAGAAGACUGCAGUGGUGUUUGGAACAAUAUUAUUAAUAUUAUUAUUCCUGGCAUAUCACACAGUACUCAGUGUUGUCUCAUUCUUCGCACUGUCGCUACUCACCGUGUCAUUGCUGUAUCGCAUUGGAAUGACAGUGAUUGGGGCAGUACAAAAGACUGGCACAGGAAGCCCAUACAAGUAUGUGGAUUUGGGAUAUAGUUACGAAUUUCUCUAGCAUUCCGUACUUGCAGUCAGAAUUCCCAAGGUUACAAACAGUGGUUCUAUUAUGAUCCCCUUAUGAAAAAUUCCUAUAGGAAUUUCGGACUAUUCCUGGAAUAGGAAUUCCUAUACAUAAGAUUUCUUAUAGGAAAUUCUAUUCCUAUAGAAAUUCCAAUAGGAAUCCAAACUUCCUAUAGGAAUUGGAAUUCUUAUAGGAAAUUUGGAUUCCCAUAGGAAUUUUUUGUAAGACGACCCACUAAAUACCACAGGUUUCUUCUUGAUACUCCUCGUGUAGUAACACUAACCCAAUAAAACCCUUGUCAGACCUCUAGGAGGAACAGUUUCAAACAUUUUAGGCAAUCUUGUUGGGUAUCAUUCCCAAAAGGAACUAUUUAUUCUGCUUUUAUAAAUUAAUAUAGGGCUCUUCUUGAAAAGAAUAUUUCAAUUUCACCUGAGAAGGCAAGAGAAAUUGGAGAGUGUAUCGGAUGCAAAGUGAACUGUACUAUCGCUAAACUCACAAAACUUUUCCUUGUGGAGGAUUUUGUGGCUUCGUUAAAGGUAAAGAUGUCUGUUGUUGGCAAAAUUGAGACAUCAUACAGAUGUAACAAUUAACUUGUAUUCCUUUUCUCCCAGUUUGGUAUGUUUCUUUGGUUCUUGUCAUGUAUUGGGAAGUGGUUCAGUGCCAUCACUUUGUUGAUCAUUGGUAAGGGUAUAUUCAUUUGGUAUUAUAAUUAUGAAACAUACUACUGUAUACCUACAUUAUACCAUUGUUUUAAUGAAGUUUGAAGAAUAUUUCUUUAUUUAAACUUUCUUUAUAUUUUAGGUACUCUCUUGGUUUUCUCUGUACCACGACUGUAUGAAGAUCACCAGGUAUUUGUAUUUUCAAUACACCCUUCCAGAAGUUUAUACAUUGCUUUCAUUGGCUAUAGAGCCUCGUUUUCCUGUAUGUGACAUUAGAUAGACCCAAGCAUCCACAAACGAGGAUCUAUAGCUAAAGUGACAUACUUUCCAGAAGGGUGUAUUGUGUAAACCGCACUUACAACUAAUAUUACUUACAGUUACAGAAUUUUAAAUGCCAUGAUAUUUUCUAUAUUAACUGGAUUUUUUAUUUUCACAGAAACAAGUUGACCAAUUUCUAUGCAAAGUUUGCAAGAAGACAGAUGAGAUUGUCAAAACGUGAGUCUUUGUCUAUUUUAAUCACUUUUAAAAAAUCUCAUUUCCAAAAUUUUUCACUUGGAUCCAUUUUUGCAGAGAAGAUUGAGUUUGGGGGCAGAUUGGAGGGUCCUGGGGUGAAGGCCCUGGAAGUGUGACGAUUUUAGGCUUUACGUGCCUUUAGAGGACAUCUCAAAAUUGCUUUGAGUUUUUGUUGUGAUUUGAAUAUUGCAGGUGGUAUAUGUUCGUUCUUUUCCCACUCUGUUGGGUUUCCAACAGGAAAAAUUAUUUCCAUGUCGCAAAUUUCAACUCGAACAAGGUCAUUUUUACUCCACUUAAAUUUUUAAUGAGAUGAUUGAGUGUCAAGCUGAAUUCAAGCUUUUGUGGCCUGAAAGCCCUGAUGUUGUUGUCUUGUGUACACUUACUAACUUCUUCAUUCUAUCCAGGGUCAAGUCGAAGAUUGAAAGCCGCUUCAAGAAAGAGAAAAGUGCAUAAUGUUGUGUUGCAAUAUACGAUCAUAGAUGUACAUGUUAACUUAUAACAUAUAAAAAUUUUGAGUUUUAAAGAUAAUUUAUUAUAUAAUAUUAGGCUAUUAUAAUUAUGUUAUGCCUUUGGUUAUACUGAUUUACGUGGGUUUGUGGUGAAAGAUUAUAAUGGCAGUGAUUCCAGCUGGAGCAUUCUUAACUCAAACUACAGUAUAAACCAAGAACACCAAGCUUUACUGUAUUUCCAAGAAGCGUCACGAACACCGCUGUUGGUUGGUUUACCCAAAUGGUCAGGGCUUGAAAUUGUCAAUCUGGUAUCCACCCAGAAAAUCUAGUAUCCCUACAUUUGGAUAAUAGAUAUUCUUAGUAUCAAAACAUUGAAGUAUAGUUCAAAAUUCAAUAUUGGUUGCCCUUCUUUGAGAGAGAACUCUGAGACAUUUGUUUACCAUCCCAAAUGGAUUCUGAGCUUUUGAUGUUUAGUACUAUCCAAAUUAAGAUCUGGCAUAGGAUAUUGGGAUACAGUUCAUAUUACAAAUUUCAAGCCCUGGGUGGUCAACGAACAGAAAGUAGUUGAAUUUUCUCCUAUAAAUGUCAACAUUUUGAAGUUCACCACGAUGUACUGCACCUAACACUUACUGAAACACUUAUAUAAAAUCUAAUAUAUGAACUAAAUGAAAUGUACUCUUCCACGUUCAUAUUUCCUUCUUGGAUAACACUUGUGAUGGGUCUAUUAAUUUGUACAUUUUAUUUUAAAGUAUUCGAUUUCAUUUGUGCGUUCUCUGCUAUUUACAAGAAUUACAAAUACUAUUAAAAAUAAU